AUGGACAUAAGUAUGUACGGCCAUUUUAAUCAGCAUAGUGCGACGUUCAACUCAGGAGACUCCAAUUAUUAUAAUAACUUUCCUAGUGGAACUAAUCCGCCUACGCAUCAAUUCCAGAACUACUAUUCAGGCAACUACAUUCAUGAAGAAACGUAUAAUUUUGCAUCUCCUGAUAACGAGGCUAUGGAUACACCACUUUCUUCUCACGAUUCUAAUUAUUAUUCGCCGCAUGUUCCCGAGAACCCUAUCAUAAAUACAGAUUCUGGAUUGAGUUACACAAAUCUCGAUUAUAGCCAUCAUUCUAGUCAUCCAACUAAUUUAUACAAUCAGAGUGAUUAUGGUGGAAACUAUCGAAAAUCUCUGGGAGAUCCUGUCCAGCAGGAAGAUAGUUCAGAAACAUCACAUCUUCACCCUACUUACAUGCCAGAGAACAAAUAUCACAUGAGUGACGAAAGCUACCUUCCAUCACCAAAUAUUAUCACAUCAUCGAGUGCAUAUAUAGAAUUUCAACACCUUCAUAAAUACAAAGAGGAAAUGAUAACAACAGAGGUCCCUGUUAGACUUCAUCAGCACCAUGGUAUGCACAAUUCAUGUUCGUCAUCGGCUCAACCAGUUUUACCAACUUACAAGUGGAUGCAAGUCAAAAGAAAUGUUCCUAAACCUCCAGGUGAGUGA